AUGCUAGGCGCUGCCAACAACUACGACUACGGUUUUGAGGCAUCCUUAGCUUGUGAAGUGCUCGACGCCGAUGGAAGACCAGUUGGCAACGUGGUGGAGGACAAUUACGCCCGAGAUAUCACCCAGUGCUUCCAGAAAACCAUCAAGGUACUUACCUCAGCAGUGGGCACUUUGAUUCUCCUCUGCCUCUAUAUUGUCGCGGGAGCAAGCAUGUUCCGAUAUCUGGAACAAGGAAAUGAGUUGGAAGCCUGCUACUCAACGUAUGCACUGUACAAGGAGAAGUUAAACACCUCUGUUUUACGAGCCACGGGCAUCGUGGACUCAGGCCUACCGAAGGACGUGGUGGCUUUGCAGUUAGAAGGCGCAAUGGUCGAUUUUGCAGAGGCGUUGUUCGCUCUCGACUUUCCACCUAGUCGCAACUGCUCCAACAUCCUUGAGCCUUUUGGAUCGAGGUGGAACUGGAUCAAUGCAUUAUACUUCUGUGCCACUGUUGUCACUACCAUUGGCUACGGCCACGUGGCUCCGACAACUCAAUGGGGUCGAUUGGUGUGCAUGUUCUACUGCAUUCUUGGUAUUCCGCUGUUGCUCAUCUACCUCGGCAGCAUCGGUCAGAUGCUGGCCCACCUAUUCCGUCUCGUUUAUAUGAACAUUUGCUGUUGUCGGUGCUUCCGCGACGCCUGGAUUCGACGUCGCAACGAACGUCAUCUGCAGCUCAUUCGGCUGCAAGAAGACCUGCGUCGGCACAUGGAGUUGCAGGCCAAACUCCGAGGUGAACCGGUACCACCAGCCAGGAUGAGUUCAACUAUUCUGGAUGAUGACUCUGAUGAAGACGAUGAAAUACGUGAGGUCUACCGCGAAUUUCAAGAUACUGAAGGUGCUGGAAUCCCAAUCACUAUUGUUAUGCUGGUCAUUCUGGGCUACGUAUCAGUUGGUGCUCUCCUUUUCCGCAUUUGGGAAACCGACUGGAGUCCUAUCGAUGGUGCCUAUUUCGCAGUCAUCACCAUUUCCACCAUCGGUUUCGGCGACCUUGUACCCGGAAACGGCCGGUUCGACAAGGUGGAAAGUCUAAUUCGAACUAACCAAAUUUGUGUUUGGGUAGCACAAGGCCAGUCGCACCAGUAA